AGAAGAAGAAACAUGUAUUGACGCUUCGGUGUCAAACUGGCAUCACUACGCAAGCCGCUUCUUUCAGACCGCCUCCACCUUUCUAUUCCGUGGCACCUGUUCCCCACCAGAAAGUAUGGCAAAAGCACCCCCCUACUGGACAUUGAGGCGAAAAUCAAGGGCAAGAGUUAAUCAACACUCGGAGUCCAUCCAGUCUAGUUUAACGUCCGGCAGUACAACUGAAGAAGUACGUGUUGACGCUAAGAACGAAUUUGCUGCUGAUGUUGAGGACCACUUCACGGACUGUGAAUCCUCCUUUGCCGAGCCUGUGGAGUUUGACGAAUCUUCCAAUUCUGAUAACAACUGCUUGACUUUGGAAGAUGAGGGGAGUCUUUUGGGAGCUAAUUUGACAACGUGGGCAGUGGAAGAAAAUAUAACACGCAGUUCUUUGAACAAACUUCUGAAAAUUCUGAAGUGCUAUCGUCCAACUGCAGUGAGUGAUGGACUGCGGACUUUUCAACGUCCGAGAUCUCUCCUUCCUAACACCCAUCAAAUCAUCCCAAGUAACUGCACAGCAGUUGAAAGGUUCAUUGUCGAACAAUUGGGAGAACUUCACCUCGAAGUGGACCGCUUAACAGCUACCCUACAGUCACUCAGUGCAAACCGAGCUCCUGACCGACCACCCAGGAGCAAUGACUAUGGCAAGAGCCUCCCCAUUUCCACAUUGGAGGAGCUGAACAACUUCGAUGAGAGACUUUGUCGGGACAGAAAUUUUAAGAAACGUGAUCACAAAGCUGUCCAUAACUGGGGGAACGUCUGUUAAAAAAAACUGUGUGGCGAGUGUGCAACAAGGUCUUUGCACCUGAGUUUGCUACUCAGUUAAAUUGGUGCGGGAGAGGACAGAAGACUGACUGAUUCAGCAUUGCAGCUGAUGUUGAUUAGUGGCACUGGUUGUAAGGCUACUAAACUGUAACACUGACUACACCAAAAAUUAAGUGGCCGCAUAUAUGCACCUUGACCUGCGCCAAGCGAGGUUAGGUUUUGACCUCUUUAUUUCUCUUGUAGCGUCAGUUUUUAAAAAUGGACUCCUGAGGAACGUUACAGAGGCUGAGGUCGAGGCUGCCGUACAAAAUUGGCUCAGGCUGAGCCAAGACAGAAUUGGAGGACGACGGAGGAGGGAGAGACCAUCAAAGACGGAAGAACCGUAGCUGUAAAGGCCGUCAGAGGAGAGAUCAGGUGCUGAUGUUGCUGUUUAUUUUAUUUUUUUAUCCUCAUUAAUUGGUAUUCAUUGUAUUUAUAUAUAUAUAUAUAUUAAAAAAAACAAGAACAGUUGAGUUGUACAGGCUAUUAAUGGUGGAAAAAGUUUUGAAAUGAUCUUUCUUCAUCUCAUUUUUUGACUGUCUGGCAUUUGAACCCAAUGUGUAGACUUUAUACCCAGUGUAGCCUUGUUCCUCUUUUUUUAAUCUCUGCAUAGAGAGAAGUGGAAAGAGGCCAUUUCUUGGCGCUGAAUUUGUUAUUGUAUAAAGAUUUUAUUUAUCACUUUUAUUUUAUAAAGAUUUCUUAUGUUUUAGAUUAAGCGAUAUUGUCCGUCAAUUUGCAGAUUCAUAUUUUAUUCUUUUUUAUUUUAUUUGACGUUCAUGCUCUGAUUUAAAGAAAAAUAAAAUUGAUUUUUUAAAACAGU